AUGGAAUAUCAUUCGAAACAAAGCAAUGUUAGUAGCUCAAGGUUAUCCCAACAGGAAGAAAUUGACUACGAUGAAACAUUUGCUCCUGUAGUAAGCUCUGAACCUUCUCUCUAUGAGAACUUUGCAAGUCUUAUGAAAGGAGAAUUUGAAAUGAGUCUCAUGGGAGAGUUAUCGUUUUUCCUCGAUCUACAAAUUAAGCAAUCAGACAAAGGUAUUUUCAUCAAUCCAGGCAAAUAUGCAAAAGAACUUAUCAAGAAAUUUGGUCUUGAAAAGGGUAAAGCAUUUGGCGCUCCUAUGAGUCCCUCUACAUGCUUGGAUACCGACUUAGCAGGGAAAGAUGUUGAUGAAAAAAUAUAUCAAAGAAUGAUAGGUUCAUUACUCUAUCAUACUGCCAGUCGUCCAAAUAUCAUGUUCAGUGUCUGCAAGUGUGCCAGAUUUCAAUCAGCUCCGAAAGAAUCCCAUCUCACAGCUGUGAAACGUAUCAUAAGAUAUCUUAUUGGAACCUCUGAUAUGGAGUUAUGGAAGUUCCCCAUUAACUGGGCAACUUGGUUUCGUGAAUUCAUGGUUAAAAGCUCAGCGCACAACAAUCUCUCUGCAAGUUUACCAUAUGGUUCAUUUAUCUCACGCAUCAUAGUCGACUCUCCUGUGGAUCCCUCUCCGUACAUUCCGACUCUUAUCGAUGCCACAUAUGACACUCGCACAUUCUCAAGCAUGGGCUAUGUUCUGAUAAACUCAAAAUGGUAUAAAAAUGAAUCUGUGCAACAAAGAGCUGAUACUCCAAAAGCAACUCGUAUCUCUGCCGACUCUAUUGCCCUGCUUCUUCAAGAAACUGACAAAUAA